AUGUCUACGAAAGUGUCAAGAAUCGGAGAAGAACUCUGGAAAACAAAGAUAGAAAAAGUCAAUGCGGAGCUAGUGACUCUCACCUACGGAACAAUUGUUGCACAGCUAUGCCAGGACUACGAUGGGAACUAUCAGGAGGUCAACAAACAGUUGGAGAAGAUGGGCUAUAAUAUUGGGAUGCGCCUCAUUGAAGACUUCUUGGCGAAGUCGAAUGCCGGCCGGUGCGUCAACUUCCGUGAGACUGCAGAUAUGAUCGCCAAGGUUGGAUUCAAGAUAUUUCUCAAUAUCACGCCAACUGUCACGAAUUGGACUAGCGAUAACAACCAAUUCUCGCUCAUUUUCGACGAGAAUCCUUUGGCGGACUUCGUUGAGCUACCAGACGACGGACGAGCACAAGAUGAGCUGUGGUUCUCCAAUAUUUUGUGUGGUGUUCUGCGUGGUGCGCUCGAGAUGGUGCAAAUGCAGAUUGAAGCUCAUUUCAUUAGUGAUUUGCUCCGGGGUGACGACACAACAGAAAUGCGGGUAUCGCUAGUCAGAUAUAUCGAGGAUGAAAUGCCACCAGAGGAUGACUGA